GGAUUGUUUUGGAUAUGUGUCUUGAUUUUAAUUGUGUUAUGGAUGUUGAGUGGGAGUUAGAAAAUUUCCAAGUAAAAAAUAUUAAUAUGACAAAAAAAUUUACUUUUCCUCCUAAGGAAGAAAUGGAAAGAGUUCGCAAAAGAAUAGCUCGUCCUGGUUAUCGUCGGGUCAAUAUUGGUCUUUUGCCUGAUGCAACGGAAUCGGAUAAAGCCAAAUUUUACCUCUGCAAAAAGAUUAGCCCUGAUUAUGAAGAGAAGAAUAAGGAAUUCAUAACGGGCUUAAAAGAAAAAGGAAUUAAACCAACUAAGUUAGAAUUAGCCAAAGUCUUAAUCACUGAUGAUUUAAUUAGAGAACUAGUUAAACAAUUAGCCAGCAGUGGUGAAGAAAAGAGAAUAAAGAAUGAAGGAAAUUAUUACCAGUAUUCUUACUAUUCAGUGGAACCAAUUUAUAACCAAUGA